CGCGAUCUUUUCGCUGGGGCAGGGUUAGGAUAAUGAUUAGCACACGUGGAACGACUGCGGUGGGCCCAGAUCCCAACCCAACUUGUGAUCAGGCCGGGACGGCCCCGCCCACGCGACCCACGAGAGGCCCACGAGGAAGUGAUAGCUGCUCCUCGUCCCCGGCUCCGGCUGCUCCCCAUCGCCGCCGCCGGCGUCAUGUCCCGCGGUGGCGUCUUCCUCGGCGUCGACGUCGGCACCGGCAGCGCUCGCGCAGGACUCUUUGAUGACAAGGGUAAGUUGCUGGGGUCAGCAAGCAGCCCUAUACAGAUAUGGAAAGAGGAAGACUCUGUAGAGCAAUCGUCAACGGAUAUCUGGCACGCAGUGUGUGCUGCUGUAAAAUCUGCGUGCUCGUUGGCAAAUGUUGCUCCCGAGGAUGUUGUCGGCCUUGGCUUCACCGCUACUUGCUCCCUUGUUGCUGUGGGUGCUGAUGGUUCCCCUGUCUCGGUUUCUUGGAAUGGUGAUUCAAGAAGGGACAUCAUCGUGUGGAUGGACCAUAGGGCUCUCGACCAGGCUGAACGAAUUAAUUCUCACAGUUCACCGGUAUUGCAAUUUUAUGGUGGGAGUGUCUCCCCUGAAAUGCAAGCUCCAAAGCUUUUAUGGGUAAAGGAAAAUCUGCAAAAAACUUGGUCUAUGGUAUAUAGGUGGAUGGACCUCGGUAACUGGUUAACAUAUAGGGCAACUGGUGAUGAAACCCGCAGCUUAUCACACAUGGAACAGUGGAGGGAAUCAAAUCCACGUGGUAUGGAACCAUAUGGAACGGAUGAAGUCUUUUGGGCAGAAAUAGGCUUGGGAGACCUUUAUGAAGGGAGCCAGGCAAAAAUAGGACACUCUGUUGUGUUUCCUGGUCAUCCUCUAGGUUCUGGUUUGACACCUACUUCUGCAAAGGAGUUAGGCUUGCUUACUGGGACUCCUGUUGGAACUUCGCUUAUUGAUGCUUAUGCCGGGGGUCUUGGAGUCAUGGAAAGUGUGCCAGAUGCAGAAUUGAAAGCUGACAUGUUUGAUGAAGAAGCAAUAUGCCAUCGCAUGGUCUUGGUUUGCGGAACAUCUACAUGCCACAUGGUUGUUUCAAAGAAUAAGCUAUUUAUCCCUGGUGUCUGGGGACCAUUUUUGUCUGCGAUGAUACCUGAGUUUUGGCUCACGGAAUGUGGCCAAAGUGCAACUGGUGCUUUACUUGAUUACAUUGUUCAAAACCAUGCUGCGGCUCCCCUUCUGGCUAAUCAAGCUGCUUCUCAAAGUAUGUCCAUUUAUGAGUUGAUGAACAAGAUAUUGCUUUCAAUGGCACAUGAACAAAAUAUGUCUUUUCCUUCUGCCUUGAGUCAGGACACCCAUGUCCUUCCAGAUUUUCAUGGAAAUCGGUCCCCUGUGGCUGAUCCAAAAUCUAAAGGGGUGAUUUGUGGGUUGACACUUGAUACAAGUGAAAAACAUUUGGCGCUUCUGUACCUAGCAACAAUUCAAGGCAUUGCUUAUGGUACUCGUCAUAUUGUGGAGCAUUGUAAUGCUCACGGGCACAAGAUCGACACCCUUCUUGCGUGUGGCGGACUUGCAAAGAACUCCUUGUAUAUCCAAGAACAUGCAGAUAUCAUGGGUUGUCCAAUAAUACUGCCUAGAGAAAACGAGAAUGUGCUUCUGGGUGCUGCUAUUCUGGGUGUUGUUGCUGCAGAGAAGUUUGAUGGUGUUCGUGACGCAAUGAAAGCACUGAAUGCAGCGGGGAAGGUUGUGCGCCCGUCUUCGGAUCCUAGGGUGAAGAAAUACCAUGACGCCAAGUAUCAGAUAUUUAGGUCCCUGUAUGAGCAACAGCUCUCCCAUCGCUCAACCAUGGCGCAGGCAUUGCACUAGAAGGGCUAUGUGACCAAUGAGCUGAGGCUGCAUCCUUGGUACUCAAAACCAUGUAUUUGUGGAAAGACAUCUUAGCCCCUUUGUGGGUUUUGGUGGUAACAACGAAUUAUUAGUGGACUAACAUCUUAGCCCCUUUGUGGCUUUUGGAAGGUUGUCCUUAAAUAAACAAAAAUGACCACGUCGUUACCACCAAGUAUGGACAAACCACUCCUGUCUUGAUAUAUAUUCAGAUAAAGCAACAUGAUCUCGCUUUGAAGUGCCUAUAAA